GCUGCAUUGUGAAUCAGAGAAAGACUAACGUUUGGCGAGAGUGAGCUUCUACUGAUUCGGCCAAAGGUAAAUGCAGUGUUGUACAUUCGCGAAUUUGUAGUGCAAUUGAUUCUCCACGUCGGGCAUCAUUUUGGUUGAACGAUGGUUACACUGCAACCCCGCUUCACUCUGCUUUGGGCGACGCCGGAGUGCGCUUUGAAGCCUGGCAGGAUGAUCGAAUGGGGAAAUCAUUGGGCUCGCGGUCUUCAGUUGCGCUCAAGAAACCAAGAACCCGUUGCCGGCCUAUUUACCCAUAUCGGUGAACUUCACGUUGUUCAUCAUCUUUGGGCAUAUAGCAGCCUGGAGGCUCGAAAAAAGUCACGAGAUGACGCUUGGCAGGAACCCGGGUGGAAUAAGUGUGUCAUGAACACCGUUCCAUUGAUCCGACACAUGAGCAGCAACAUACUACGUCCAACGUCCUUCAGUCCCAUGCAGUAACAUUCCACGGUGUACAAUCGAUGCGCCUUUCGCGUACCAUCGUUUGAGGCCCGUCCCGAAAUCCCUCUGACGCUCCGAAUCAACUAUCAACCUUGUGCCUCCUCUUCAUUGCUCCUUACCUUGUUGUCAAUGUGUUAUCGACAGCCCGCUGCUUGCCCACAAUAAUUGUUUUAUUCCUCAUUGUUACCAUACUCCGUCCAACUCAGUGAAAUUUUUGUACUACAUUUAUCCAACGUAUUUUGUCAAUUUAUGGCAUAGUGUGCUUCCACUUCCCUGUUCGGUGUCGCUGUAAUCUCACGAUCCUCACGCAUCGUGCUUGAUCGGGCACGAUUUGUCAGCUCUGGCUCCACUUAUUUUUAUUAUAAUUCAACCUGACCACGUUGCAUACGGAACCUCAUUCCUAUCUUUCCUCGUAAUUGUGACCCUGCGUUUUUAGUCCAUAUGUAAAAUAAAGCGGCGCUUUAUU